AAGAACAUUUCCUGACAAGAAAAACAUUUAUUUGAUCAAUUUAGGCUUAGAGUUUAAGAUUUUGGGUUCUCAGGUAUUGUAAUAUAUGGGAUCAAAAGAAGAAGCAGGUAAGCUAGAGUGGAGGAUAAGUGUUGACAAUGGGACAACCGAGAGAUUGGUUCCUGAAUCAGGACCUAUUGAAAGAAUCUUUCUUUGGCUAAAGGGUUUAGUAAUGAAGGUAAUCGUGGAGCGACUCUCAAAGUUUAUGAGGAAGACUUGGAGGAUUGGGGCAGAUGAACCGGCAAAAGUGGUUCACUGUCUAAAAGUAGGACUUGCACUUUCAUUAGUAUCAAUUUUCUAUUACAUGAGACCUUUGUAUGACGGAGUUGGAGGAAAUGCUAUAUGGGCUAUCAUGACUGUUGUAGUCGUCUUCGAAUCAACUGUCGGAGCAACAUUCUCCAAAUGUUUGAACAGAGUGGUGGCAACUAUAUUAGCUGGAUCACUAGGCAUUGCUGUUCAUUGGGUUGCAACUCAAUCAGGAAAAGCUGAAAUUUUUGUGAUUGGAUGCUCUGUUUUUCUCUUUGCUUUCGCAGCUACUUACUCGCGGUUUGUGCCAUCAUUCAAAGCUAGAUUCGACUAUGGAGCGAUAAUCUUUAUCCUCACAUUCAGCCUUGUCUCAGUAGGUGGUUACCGAGUAGACAAGCUGGUUGAUAUGGCUCAGCAAAGACUAUCAACUAUUGCUAUUGGAACAUCUAUUUGCAUUAUCAUUACUGUCUUUUUCUGUCCCAUAUGGGCAGGAACUCAGCUUCACCGUCUUGUGCAACGUAAUUUUGUGAAACUUGCCGACUCAUUAGACGGCUGUGUAGAAGAGUACUUCAAGAAGAAAGAUGUCUUGAAGAAUGAUAAUGAAGACGAAGAAACUAACAUGAAGUUGCAAGGAUUCAAAUGUGUACUAAACUCUAAGGGAACAGAGGAAUCCAUGGCGAAUCUAGCUAGAUGGGAACCAGCACAUGGAAGCUUUAACUUCAGGCAUCCAUGGCAACAAUAUGUAAAGAUAGGGGCUGCUAUGAGGAGAUGUGCUUAUUGCCUUGAGAAUCUUAGUAUAUGCAUGACCUAUGAAACAGAGGUACCAGACCAGGCCAAGAAACACUUCGGAGAAGCUUGUCUGAAACUGAGCUCGGCUUCUUCAAAAAUCUUGAGAGAACUAGCGGAUAUGAUGAACAACACGAGAAAAUCUUCGAAGAUGGAUUUCUUGGUGUUUGAUAUGAACUCAGCAGUACAAGAGCUUCGAGAGACCUUAAAGAGUGUUCCAGUUGAAAGCAACAAACCCAAAGAAGAAGUUCCAAACAACCAAGGAGACAGAACCAUGUCGAUGAGCCUACAUGAAGUACUUCCAGUUGCCACUUUGGUCUCGUUGUUGAUUGAAAGCGCAGCUAGGAUUCAAACAACGGUCGAAGCAGUCGAUGAACUUUCAAAUCUUGCGGAUUUUAAACAAGAUUCAAAAAAGAAAACCGGAGACAACAAGGCUAAACAACCACCACUAAGUUCAUAAGCUGCUUUAAUUUAAAUCACACAUCGAGAACUCAACAGACAUGAAGAUUUUAAACCUGAGUUUUCAUGUGUAUAUAUAUAUAUAUAUAUAAAGCCUCUUAGAAUAUGAGUUUCCUUUGUUCCACAACCGAAGCUUUCUUCGGCAUGGUUUUCAAAAGCCAACAAAACAAGUUAUAACUAAAUCUUGAUAUA